AUGAGCGGUCACCUAGAGAACAAGAUCGUGGAGUUGUACGAAAACUAUUAUCAGCCUAAGGAUGCUACGAGGCUGAUCUUUGAGAACUGCAGUUUUUGUUUGUUUAACAAACUUGUUAUUGCCCUGCUUUUGUCAUUUGUGACUCUGGGAGAAGCAAGGAACUCAUUUCUCAGUGUUCUGAAUAUAUAAAAGACUGAAAUGCUAUUUUUCAUAAAGACUGAAGAAACUGUCAUUGUAAGAUCCAGUUAUGGAGAAGAUUGGCCAAACUCCAGCUAUCUCUUGCAAUUAGAAGAUCUUAAACUGCUGCAAGUGGUGAAUGUGACAAAAACCUUAUGAAACCUUGCGACAGAUGAAGAUGGAAUGACAAAUUUGACUAUUCAACUAUGGGAUUCUGAAGGUAGGCUGUGAAAGAGACCUUUGCCAGUAAUUCUUGGGGGCUUACACAAUUUUUUUCUUACGCCAUUUUAUGGAUUUCUUUUGACACAGCUUUUGGCAUCACAGGAGGCACAACAUGCUUUUGGAUUUGUAAUGACCUGCACAUGCCCAGGAGGUGAGGUCUAUUUCUUUGUUCUGCUUCUAGAAGGAGAUAAUUUGGUCAUUUAGGUAACUUGCACUUUAGUGUUAUUGGCUUUGAUAUUGAUUUCUUAUAUAUACAGUAGGAUGUUAGGGUUAUCAUUUCAUUUCACAUUUCAUAUUCCUGUUUCUAAAAUUAUAUAUACCUUUUUAUACUUAUCAUUUGGAAUAGUCAAGUAUAAAAUACCUGAAAAAGCAAACUUCUCGGAAAGAAUAAUUAGAACUCUGAGUUUAAUGUCUGUAGGGAUUUAUUAGACUUUCAGAAUGUUUCUAAAGAUAGUUAACCUAGAGAUGCCUUUAUUGGGUGUCUUAGUUCCUGCUCUGGGUUUGUCGUUUGGGUACUCCUUUGCUAACAUUUCUGUGCUGCCUCUUUCUGUUUGUAAAGUUGCUACCAAAAAUGGGACGCUAGUUUCUUAGCCCUUGCCAUUAUUCAGCUCUUUUUCAAGGUCCAAGACCGACUUAGCUUCUGUGGCUCCUUUUACAGUGGUCAUGUGUUUUGGUUGUGAAAUGUUACUGUUCCUUCUGUUCUACAAGGCUAAGAAAAGAUGUAUCCUUAUCAUAGAAGAUAAAAGGAGAAAGAAAUCCCUAACAAUUAAAGCACUACUGAAUUCCUACUCUGAAUGA